AUGAUAAUUAGAAGUAUUUUGAAAGUAUACAUAUUUUUCAUAUACAAAGAUAUGAUGACUGAGCCACGUCACUGUCAGCCAGCGAGUUCAAAUUGUCGUAUGUGUCGGUAUUUGAAAUAUAAUAUUUUUUUGUAAUUAAAACUCUAUCGAAAAUGCCUUUACGUCUAGAUAUAAAACGUAAACUAACGGCUAGAUCAGACCGUGUAAAAUGUGUAGAUUUACACCCUACAGAACCAUGGAUGUUAUGUUCUCUUUAUAAUGGAAAUAUUAAUGUUUGGAACUAUGAAACACAACAAUUGGUUAAAACAUUUGAAGUAUGCGAUCUGCCAGUCAGAGCGGCCAAGUUUGUUCCAAGAAAGAAUUGGAUCAUUACUGGAUCUGAUGAUAUGCAGAUUCGUGUUUUGAACUACAACACUUUAGAUCGAGUUCACUCAUUCGAAGCACAUUCUGAUUAUGUCAGAUGUAUUGUAGUACAUCCCACUCAACCCUACAUUCUAACAAGUAGUGAUGACAUGCUCAUCAAACUCUGGAAUUGGGAGAAAGCUUGGAGUUGUCAGCAAGUUUUUGAAGGACAUUCUCAUUAUGUCAUGCAAAUAGCUAUUAAUCCAAAAGACAAUAAUACUUUUGCUAGUGCAUCUCUUGAUAGAACAUUGAAAGUAUGGCAGUUAGGUGCAUCUACAGCAAAUUUUACUUUGGAAGGUCAUGAUAAGGGUGUGAAUUGUGUUGAUUAUUACCAUGGAGGUGAUAAACCUUACCUGAUUUCUGGAGCCGAUGAUAGAUUGGUAAAAAUAUGGGAUUAUCAAAAUAAAACUUGUGUCCAAACUUUGGAAGGUCAUGCGCAAAAUGUAACUGCUGUUUGCUUUCAUCCAGAGUUACCUGUAGUCUUAACAGGAAGUGAGGAUGGUACUGUGAGAAUCUGGCAUGCUAACACCCAUAGGUUGGAAAGUAGCUUGAAUUAUGGAUUUGAAAGAGUUUGGGCUAUUUCAUGCUUGAAAGGUUCUAAUAAUGUUGUCUUGGGUUAUGAUGAAGGAAGUGUUCUUGUGAAAAUUGGUCGUGAAGAACCGGCAGUUAGUAUGGAUGCCAGUGGUGGUAAAAUAAUUUGGGCACGACAUUCAGAAUUGCAGCAGGCCAAUCUGAAGGCCUUGCCAGAAGGAGCUGAAAUAAGAGAUGGAGAAAGACUUCCAGUUGCUGUUAAAGAUAUGGGAGCAUGCGAAAUAUAUCCCCAAACCAUUCAGCAUAAUCCAAAUGGAAGGUUUGUUGUUGUUUGCGGUGAUGGAGAAUAUAUUAUCUAUACAGCAAUGGCUUUGAGAAAUAAGGCAUUUGGUAGUGCACAAGAAUUUGUUUGGGCCCAAGAUUCCAGUGAAUAUGCAAUUAGAGAGACAGGUUCAACAAUUAGAAUAUUCAAAAAUUUCAAAGAGAAAAAGAACUUUAAACCAGAUUUUGGAACAGAGGGCAUUUUUGGAGGAUGGCUCUUGGGAGUAAAGUCUGUGUCAGGUCUCACUUUCUAUGAUUGGGACACUCUAGAAUUAAUUAGAAGGAUAGAAAUUCAGCCAAGGGCUAUCUAUUGGUCAGACAAUGGCAAAUUGGUGUGUUUGGCCACAGAAGACAGCUACUAUAUUUUGUCAUAUGACGUUGACCAAGUGCAGAAAGCUAGAGAUAAUAAUCAGGUAGCAGAAGAUGGAGUUGAAGCUGCCUUUGACGUGCUUGGAGAAGUUAAUGAAUCUGUCAGAACUGGGUUAUGGGUUGGAGAUUGUUUCAUUUACACUAAUGCUGUUAAUCGUAUAAACUACUUUGUUGGAGGAGAAUUAGUCACAAUUGCACACUUGGAUAGGCCUCUUUAUGUUUUAGGAUAUGUCCCAAGAGAUGAUCGUUUAUAUCUUGCCGAUAAGGAACUAGGUGUUGUCAGCUAUCAAUUGUUGCUGUCCGUUCUUGAGUAUCAGACUGCAGUUAUGAGAAGGGACUUCCAGACUGCAGAUAGGGUGCUUCCUUCCAUCCCCAAAGAACAUAGGACACGUGUGGCCCAUUUCUUAGAGAAACAAGGAUUCAAACAGCAAGCUUUAUCAGUUAGUACAGAUCCAGAGCAUAGAUUUGAUCUGGCUUUGGCCUUAGAGGAUCUGAACAUAGCCAAACAAUUGGCUGUAGAGGCAAAUAAUCCACAUAAAUGGAGUCAACUUGGAGAACUUGCUGCAUCUACCAAUAAUCUUCAAUUGGCUAAGGAAUGUAUGCAAAAGGCCCAAGAUUAUGGUGGACUAUUACUCUUAGCAACAAGUUCGGGGGAUUGUGAAUCGGUAUUGCAUUUAGGAAAUGCAACUUUGGCAGAAGGAAAAAAUAAUUUGACUUUUCUCUCCUUCUUCCUUCUGGGUGACUUAGAGAAGUGUUGGAAUAUUUUAGUAUCAACAGGUAGACUGCCUGAAGCAGCCUUUUUCGCAAGAUCAUAUCUUCCUAGUAAGAUAGCUGAAACUGUGGAUUUGUGGAAGGAAGUAUUGGCCCAAACCAAUGAGAAAGCUGCUCAAAGUUUAGCAAAUCCAAGAGAUUAUGAAAAUUUGUUUCCUGGUUUGAAUGAAGCAAUUGAAGCUGAAAAUUUCUUUAAAAAAAAUGAUAGAGGGCUGGUGCCUGCUGUUCUCGCGACUUCAAUAACGCCAAACUGCGAUAGAAACUUGAUUUCUGAAAUGAAAGCAGCCAAAGAACCUAGAGAACUAUUAAAACCAGUUGCCCAACCUAGUUCUUCUGUGUCAAAUACACAAAUAAACCUUGAACAAGAGGAAGAUGAUGAUGAUUUAGACCUUGAUUUGGAAGGAGUAACUUUAGAUGAUAAUAUAGAUACUACUGAUGUUAAUAUAGAUGAUGAUUUGCUGGAUGAUGAUUAACCAUAAAUUUAUAUAUACAGUAAUGUAUUAUUUUAGUGUAAGAUAUAAAUAUGUAUUUGUUAUUUAAAUAGUUUCAAUGCUCAGCAUUUAAAUCCUAUGCAAUUUUAUUAAUUUCUAAUAAAUAUCUGUAAUUUUUUUUCAAA